AUGAACCAUGCAAAUCAAACCAAUUCUGAAGAGAAGUUUGUCCUGGACGAUCCAGGGUUUUUAGAACCAUGUAGUUUAUCUGAACCGGAGGAUGCAACUCGGUUUGUUGACGAGGCCGUUGCAAGGCGAGCUGAAUUUGUUGCAAGCGAUGCCAACUUGAGAGCACGGGUCGUGUAUGAAAAUCUAUCGAUGGUGGAAGAACGAGACCACAGCGUCGCAGGUAUCCCUUCUUUUUUAUUAAACUCCUGUGACACCCAGCGUGAUGUUCCCUAUUUCGUCCCCGAAGAUCCGGAAGCGUUUCCUGAUCUCGCCAGCAGCUUAACGUUUGAUAGCAAUUUUGAAAGUGGAAACCUGGCGCGAGCAAUUCGCAUUGGACAGUUCGAGUAUGAUCUAGUCUUACGACCGGAUUUCAACACUUCUGGACACAUGCAGUGGUUCUACUUCGCUGUAAGUAAUAUCCAAACACCAGAAUCCAGCUCACGAGCUGGCCAAAAGUAUCGCUUUAAUAUCGUGAAUCUGUGCAAGCCGAACUCGCUGUUCAAUCAAGGCUUACAACCCGUGGUUUAUUCCGUACGGGAUGCUCAUCAGAAAGGGAAAGGAUGGGUGCGUUCGGGUACAGACAUUUAUUAUUUUGCUAACUCUUUCGUUCGACCACUAAGAAAUGCAGCAAGUUUCCCGAGUGUUGUUCCCACGGAGGCGGCCCCAACAACCACUUUGGCGACACCCGCAGCCCCUGUAAUGACGUACUAUACCCUGACAUUCACUCUCGAAUUCUGGAACGCUGACGACACUUUCCUCAUAGCUCACAGCUAUCCGUAUACACUUACAAUGCACCAGCUACACAUUGACCGCAUUCUCCACUCAGGGCGCGACGCAAGCCACAUCCUUCGGCACAGUUCAUUAUGUACAACGUUAAGUGGAAGGAGCUGCGAGUUGUUGACAAUCUCGGACUUUUCUAUUGCUGAACAAGAAUUCAAGGCACGGAAAGCAGUUUUCAUUACCUCUCGCGUGCAUCCAGGAGAAUCUCAAGCCUCCUGGAUGAUGCGAGGAGUAAUAGACUUCUUGUUGGGAAGCUCGAACGUCGCUCGCGUCUUACGCCGAAUGUUUGUAUUCCAGAUCAUCCCGAUACUUAAUCCGGAUGGUGUGUAUUACGGCAAUAGCAGAUGUGGUCUAUCGGCCUGUGAUUUAAAUCGGCAGUGGCAAACCCCGAGCAAGGCACUACACCCAACAAUAUUUCAUGCAAAAGAACUCCUUAUCAAGGAGCGCUCGUCACGGGGAGUUGCUUUUUAUUGCGAUAUGCACGGCCACUCCCGAAAGAAAAAUGUGUUCAUGUACGGCUGUGAUACCAAGCGGAAACCAAAUCCUGCAGCACGAGGGUUCGCAAAGCUGUUUUCGAUGCAACAGACCGCUAAAAAGUAUAUCUCCUUUCCCGAUUGUAGCUUCAAAGUAAGUAAAGACAAGGAGACAACUGCACGUGUGGUCGUUGCGAACGAGCUCAGAAUUAAUUGGAGUUUCACUCUCGAAGCUUCUUUUUGCGGCGCCAAUUUCGGGGAGCUGUACAGCAUGCACUUUAACACCAAGCAUCUUCGCGAAGUGGGAGCGUCAUUGUGCGAAACGUUAUUCCAGGCUUGCACCAGCGACCUUAGCAUUCGUGACAAACUAUUGGUUAAAGCUGACGACGCCAAAGUAUGCAUUCCACAGCUAAUUGAGCCGUAUUUACGCGAAUCGAGGGUUAUCGGGGACAAGUAUCCGAAAAUGCCAAAUGAAAGUUCCCCGAAAAGCGUGAGAAGAAAGAGCUCCAAGGCACGAGCAAUUGCAGCAUUGGAUGCAGGAACUUCAAAAACUGCUGAUACAAAUGAGAGUUCAGGGAGUCGACGAAGAUUAAGUCGCCAACAACGCAAGUCCACGUCAUUUUCCUCUGGUCUGCUUGACCGAGUCACUUCAGAUACCUCGGGAUCGACAGACUCCACGAACUGUCUGGAUCUUGCCUGUAUUCCACCUCCUAAACUCAGCGGGAGGAAGUUACGCAGUAAAUACCCAAAAGUUCGUAGGACGCAUAGCAGUCCUGAUGGGCAUGUGAGAUCUCGACGUCGCGCCAUUUCCAGCCUUGCCUCAAGCGCAGCUGUCGAUAACAGUGAAGACAGUGAGACCGCAAGCGAUUCAAUAAUGCCGCUAGUUUCACCGGCAAGACUGUUAGCUGCUGUGCCUGAUCCCCCCACCUCAUCUGUUCGCGCUCUAACCAGCUUUCAGGGCCCCGAGUCCGCCUAUAAGCGAUCGUCAAGAGCGAUUUCGUUUCCAUAUCCAAACAGCGUGGUUGGCAUUCCGCUACGAGAAUCACCGGUGAUUCUUCCAUCUCCAGUGAACGAAGCCAUGACACGAUCACCAAAGACAUCGGUUAGUCGUCUUCGCUUCAGGGGAGCCGGAAGACAAUUUGCGUUAGUCAACACUAUCCCACGAACCAGCAUCCACGACAUCCUGAAAAAUGACCCAAUAACAGCAUUUCAGUCGUAUGAAGCAGACCUGAUAAAUGCUUCAACCAUGAUGAUCCGACCACGGGGCAGCGUUUCUACUAACAACAGCGCCACUGUUACAGCUGAUGAAGAGAAUGUCUCGCCGUCGUCAUCGCAUUAUCUGAGUUUCCCGAGUGUCAUGUAG